AUAAGAUAAUAAUGAGAAAAUCGAAUGGAAAUAGGUAAAGGGGCUUAUUACUUAUGGAUCAUUUUACAGAACGUUUUACUUAUUCUAUAAAUAAGAAUAUGAUGUAAUCAGUUCGACUAAAUUGUGGUUGGAUAGUAGGGGUGGCCUAUGUGUGUAUGCCAUUAAUUUUAUUAUAAUCCGAUUAAAUUAAUGCUAUCCAUCUUUCUUUUUCUUCUGAUGGUUGACUAGAUUAUGAAGACCUCGAUAUCUGACGGGAAGCAAGAAAUACAAUGGACAGGUUGAAUGCAACUAGACGUUUUGCACUUUGCAGAUAACCUGACCCUUCUAUCCCAUACACACGAACAAAUGCAGGUCAAAAUAAACAGUGUAGCAGGAACCUCUGCAUCAGUAGACCUAAACAUAUACAAAGGAAAAAGCAACAUCCUCAAAUAUAACACGGAGAAUAUCAACACAAUCACACUCGAUGGAGAAACUUUGGAAGCGGUGGAAACGUUCACGUAUCUGGAUAGUAUCAUUAAUGAACGUGGAGGAUCUGAUGCAGAUGUGAAGGCACGGAUUGGUGAAGUAUUCCUACAAAUGAACAACAUAUACAACUAAAAAAAACUCUCUGUUUCAACCAAUAUCAAUGUCACAAGCUCCGUUACGAAUGUCAAAUCAUUUCUACUGUACGGAGCUGAAAUGUGGAGAACUAUCACUAUGAUCAUCAAGAAAAAACAAGAUACUCAAUAUCCGUUGGCCGGAUACCAUCACUAACAACCUACCAUGAGAGAGGACAAAUCAACUUCCAGUUGAAGAGGAAAUUAGAAAAAGAUUAUGGAAAUGGAUAGGACAUACAUCGUGGAGAUCACCAAACUGUAUCAGGAAGUAAGCGCUAACUUGGGAUCGUGUAGGAAAAGGGAAAAGAGGAAUGCCGAAUAACACACUACAUCAGGAAUUGAAACAGACAUGAAAAGGAUGAAUAGGAAGUAAAUCAUGUCUGUAGUUUUUGAUUUUAUUCAACAGUUCAUGUUCAUGAAAUGAUUAAGUACUUACAUGAAACAGAAAGCUCUAUUUACAGAUCGAUCAAUAUCGACUUACCAUUUUUGCUAGUUUUACAGCUGGAGGUUGACCAGAGAAAUCAUCAAAGGAGAUGAUUUUUAAAUUUCAUAAUAAGGUACGAAAAGAUGUACUGAAAGGUGUUUUAUCGGAUCAACCUAAAGCGAGAAAGAUGCCUAAACUUAAAUGGAAUGAACUUUUAGCUGAAAAAGCUAAAGAUCAUGUUAAAAAAUGUAUAUUGGAUAGUGGAAAUCUUGGAGAUUUAUACGUUGGUAAAUUUGAUUCUGUUGGACAAACUGUAGCAGAACAUACUACAAUACAAAAUAUACUGGAUACUUGGUUGGAAGAAAAAAAUGAUUAUAAUUUCGAGAAGAAUACAUGUGAAGAAGAAUGUGGAAAUUAUAAACAAAUAGUAUGGGCAAACACUACAGACAUUGGCUGUGCUUCAAAUAAAUGUGGUAACAGGUAUAUGGUUGUAUGUAAUUACGCUCCAGGGGCUGAUGAUGAAAGGCCAUAUGAAAAGGAUUCAUAAGAUAGUAAACGAAGUCAAAAAAUGAAGUGCUAAAUAUGAGUAAAUAGAAUUUUUCAUGAUUUCAAAUAACUUAUUUUGAAUAAAAAAAAG